AUGUCCAAUCCAUUCCUCUCGCCCAAGGCUCACCCGGGCGAUGGCACAAUCCAUCUGGCUCUCCUGCCGCCCAGUACGCCACGACUGCGGACACUCAACUACCAGUACCCGCUGAAACUGGUCUCACCCGCGCCUUCGCGAGCUGGGGAUGAUCUGGUCCAUACAGUCUACCUCCUGACGUACGGUGGCGGCCUAGUCGCAGGAGACACGAUCGAUCUUAAAGUCGACGUCGAAAGGAAGACCAAGCUUGUUCUCCUCACGCAGGGGAGCACGAAACUGUUCAAGUCGCUGGACAGAGAUUUGGUGAGCAAGCAAUGCAUGACCGUCAACCUGGACCCAGGAGCUGCGCUAUGUUAUCUACCAGAUCCGGUGCAGCCGUUCGAGCAGAGUUGUUUUGAGCAGCAGCAGAUUUACAACGUAACCAUACCCACUGCAGAGGAGACGCAGACAGGCAGCCUCUGCGUGCUCGAUUGGGUCUCGAACGGUCGCCCGGCCAAUGGCGAGAAUUGGUCGUUCUUCCACUACCGUAGCAAAAAUGAAGUCUUCCUUCGUCAGUCGGAUGGCAAGCAACGACUGCUUCUCCGUGAUAGUGUUUUGCUGGACGACCGUGAGGACGAUGGGUCAAUCGCUGCCCGCAUGGACGACCUCGCAGUCUUCGGUACUUUAAUAAUCUACGGCCCAUUCUUCCGUCGGCUCGGCCAGUUCUUCAUGGACGAGUUCAAGGCCCUUCCUCGCAUUGGCGGGCGUAAGUGGGACAGCGGCAGCGACAGUGGGGAAGAGGAAGCUGGCCCACACAUCCUCCGCCGGCUGGAAAGGCAAAGAAGGGAGGCUGAAGAUCGAGUCCUUUGGUCUGCAGCCGACGUUCGAGGCUGCGUGGUCGUCAAGCUCGGCGCACGGGAAGUUGAGGGCGGCAGAAAAUGGUUGAGGGAUAUGCUGACCGAGGAAGGAAGCGUGCGGGAGCAGUUUGGGGAGAGGGCACUGCUUUGCCUGCGGUAG